CAAAAGCUUCAUAUUUACGGUGGUUUGCAUGGUUGCCUGCGGUAGCGUCGUGGUGCUGGUUCGUGCGCAGUUGUCGCCUUCAUUCUAUGCAGAAAGCUGCCCCAACUUGGAGCCCAUCGUCCGGUCGGCAAUGACGCAAGCCGUCGCUAAGGAUGCCACCUUAGGCGCUUCCAUGCUCCGCCUCUUCUUCCAUGACUGUUUCGUCAACGGAUGCGACGCCUCUGUCCUCCUCGACGACACGCCGUCCAUCGCAAGCGAGAAGAAUGCGCCUCCAAAUCGCAACUCCCUCCGCGGAUUCGUCCUCGUCGACUCCAUCAAGUUGCAAGUGGAAUUACAAUGCAGAGCAACUGUCUCUUGCGCUGACAUUCUCGCCAUCGCCGCCCGCGAUGGAGUCAAUUUGCUGGGUGGACCGAGCUGGGUGGUGGCACUCGGUCGCCGGGACGCGCUGACUGCGAGCUCGUCCGCGGCGAUGUCCAACCUCCCGCCGCCGACGGCCGGCCUCAGCACCCUCGCGUCCACCUUCGCGUCCAAGGGGCUCAGCAUGCGCGACAUGACGGCGCUCUCCGGCGCCCACACCGUCGGCAACGCCCGCUGCAGCAGCUUCCGCGGGCAUAUUUAUAACGACACUAACAUCGACGCCGGGUUCGCCAACAGGCGGAGGCUGGGGUGCCAGAGGGUUGGCGGUGACGACAGCCUGGCGCCUCUGGACGCCACGACCUCCACUAGAUUCGACAACGGCUACUUCCAGAACUUGAUUGGCCGCCGGGGGCUGCUGCACUCCGACCAGGAGCUGUUCAAUGACGGCCCGGCGGAUUGGCUGGUGCGGUUGUAUGUGAACGAUCCGGUAGCGUUUGCCACAGACUUUGCAGCGGCGAUGGUGAAGAUGGGGAACAUUACGCAGCUCACAGGAGACAUGGGAGAGAUCAGAUUGAACUGCAGGAGGAUCAACUGAA